AUGCGAGCCUUCACAGCAUUACUCGUCGGCCCGGCCGUCACUCUCGCAGCAGCCAUCAUACCGCGCGCUGGGUCCGUCCCAGAGGGUCCCUGGACUGCCGGCGUCUGGAGAAUGCCCACCGAAGACAACACAUUUUUCAACGGCGACGCCAUCAACGCCAGCGGCGGAAAGUUCUACGUCAACAAGAACACGUCCGCCUAUUGUCCCGGGGACGUACAAAACCUCGACUGCUCUCUUUACCCCGGGUCCAAGACCGUAUUCACAGGCGGCAACAACACUUUAUUCCUAAACGUUGGAGUUCCGGGCGGACAGCAAGUCUAUAUCGCAGAAGAUGGCUCGCUGUCAUACACUAUACCGCAUUCCGGGGCGCUGCCCGAGGGAUCCGUUUCUACCGGCUUCGAGAGACAGCGCAGCGAGUCGUUUGGAGCCCCUGUAGUGUUAGGAAACGCCGGACAGUUCUGGCUGAUGUGCCCGGUUAGCGAGGGCGAGCCAAGAGAGAGAACGUAUCAGAUGUACGUUGGUCACGGACCCGAGGGCUGCUUAAAUACUGGGGUAAGGACUUAUACGUCCUCUGGACCGGAUGCUUGGGAAUACGCAUGA